CUACCUAUCAAAGUUGGACUAGCAACACACAAUUCCUUCAACUACCAUUCUUCGACACCAGCGCCCAUUCUUCUCCAUCCAUCGAUGACCACCUUUCGCUGUAUCUUUUUUGCCCUUCUCUAUUAAUACUCCGCCUCUUAUGUCCCUUCAAUUUCACACACAGUUACCCUCCAUAGACUCAAAAGAUUUUAAUUUUUUUUUCCUCUUAAUUAUGGCUGACUCGGAUCACUCCUCUAGUGAUGAUCUCUCUGUUGAUUCUAGAGAUACCAGCCAAGAUUCCAAGCUUGAAUUCUCAGAAGACGAGGAAACUCUUAUUACUAGGAUGUACAAUCUGGUUGGUGAGAGGUGGACUUUAAUUGCUGGGAGGAUUCCUGGAAGAACAGCAGAGGAAAUUGAGAAGUACUGGACUUCAAGAUACUCUACAAGUCAGUAAAUUAGGGAUCUACGUCCAAGGUCCUGUCUGAUGUCCUAGAGUUGUCAAAAUUUUGGCUGGUUUGUAACAAAAUCUGGUUCUACUUAGGAACUGCAAUAUGGGGGUUUAGCUGUGAUCAAAAUAUCUGUACAAUGUUUUUUCAAUGCGGUAAUCGUAGUUAAUUAAUGUUUGGGAGCUAGAUUAUAAGAUGAAAUCUGCUUGUUAAUAUGGUAAAUUGAGAAAUUUUUACAUGAA